CUGCCCUUACGAGGCGAAAACCGCAUUACAUGUGAGUGCACACAAUCAACCGAUCAACGACAUACAGUUCGCCCCCUACCAGUCGAACCUUCUAGCCUCCUGUGACGGAGAUGGUGCCGUCAAGCUCUGGCAAACUCCUGGCACAGACCCUGACAGUGCGUGUAGUGCGUGGGAUAAAGCGGAGCCUGCUUUGGUGAUAGCAGGUGACGGGUGUGCGAAAGAGAUUCUGCAAUGGCACACCACGGCCAAUCAUAUGCUUACAGCUGCGGGAGGCGAUGUGAUCAGUGUCUACGAUGUGCAGGGCUCUGCACAGAAAGAUGUGUGCACAAUUAAGGCCGGGGGCACCGCUGAGAACGAUGGCGGCGAUAUACACUCUCUGUCGUGGAGUUACGAUGGGUCUCUGUUGGCCUGUACCGACUCCAAACUAGGGGUGUGCAUAUACGAUAUCCGUGUGAACAGUGGCAACCAGCGAGUCAUGACUAUGAUCCCGGGUGGUGGCAAGAUGGGGGCACAGACCAAGCACAAGCCCUCUCGUGUCGUGUGGCUGGGAGGUCUGUUCGACAACAAGGGGUUGGCUACGGUCUAUCUGGAUAAACAGAGAGGGUCUCAAUUAAGUGUGACGGAUAUGCGAAGUGGCGCCAAGACACUGUCGACACAGUCUCUCAAUAGCAGCGCCACGUCAACACCGCGCGUGUUCUACGAUGCCGAUUCAGACUCCAUAUACCUCGCUGCGAAGAAUUCUGUCUCGGUAUGUUUCAUAAACGGUAACUGGUAA